AUGUCUUAUUACUACCACGCGCCUACCCAGAUUUACUAUUACGAAAAUGGCUUUAUCCAGACCGCCGGGGGAAUAAUUUACGGUCCCGGCAUUGCUCCCCCCAAUAUCCAGCCUAUCAACCCGGCCUUCUUCGCAGCAGCUCAGCAGCAAGCUGUUCGGACUCAACAGCAAGCUGUCCAGGCUCUCCAGGCUCACCAGGAUCACCAGGACUACCAGGAUUACCAGGAUUACCAGGAUUACCAACAUGCACAAGGCGACCUAGGGUUCACGUGUACUAAUUGUGGCAAUAUCUACGUAUCCAAGCACGGUCUAGUCCAACACAUCAUGUCUACUCACAUUGGAACCGUAUGUUUCUGGCCGGGUUGCACUACGACUGUUGCAACUGAGAAGGAUCUUCUAGACCACAUGAAGCUCAGCCACAAGCCCAUUAAGCUCGGAGAUGCAUCGUACCAGUGUGCUUGGCCUGGCAGGGGAAAUAAUGCGCAACCGUGUACUGGAACCUUCACAUCCGCGUAUUCUGCUUUACGAUGCUCGCGCUUUCAUCAGUACUGCGCCAUGGAGCGGCAUGAGGCGGCUACUACACAAUCCCCUAUCUGA